ACAGCCGCGGCGCAAAUAAUUCAGACCCAAUCCUAUAUUUCCUAUUAUCAGACGACCAGACCCAGAAGCAACCGUAAAUUUGGACUGUAGACAAUGUAAAGCCAAUUAUAACAAUCAAGAAAGGAGUCCAAAAAAACGAAACCAGUCCAGGGAGAGGUGGAGAGAGGGGGAAAGAGAGAGUUUUGGGAGAGAGGGAGAGAGCAAGAGUUUUGGGAGAGAGGGAGAGAGCAGGGUCGAGACAAGAAUCAUGGGUUGUGCCUGCCUCAUUCUCUUUGCCCUUGUAUGUCUCAUUGUGGGGAGUGCUGCAAGGCCUUUCUACCCUCUCCCCAGCAAAGUGGCAGAUGGAGAAAGACAGCCGCUACAGACCUCUCGUCCUUACAAUAUAGCCCAUCGAGGUUCAAAUGGAGAGCUUCCUGAAGAAACUGCUGCUGCUUAUAUGAGAGCAAUUGAAGAGGGGACAGACUUCAUUGAAACGGAUAUUUUAUCCUCAAAAGAUGGUGUUCUUAUAUGCUUCCAUGAUGUAACUCUUGAUAAUACAACUGAUGUUGCUCAACAUAAGGAAUUUGCUGACCGUAAAAGAACCUAUGAAGUCGAACGCAAGAGCACUACUGGCUUCUUUACUGUUGAUUUCACGUUGAAAGAACUAAAGUCAUUGAGGGUGAGACAGAGGUACCCAUUCCGGGAUCAACAAUAUAACGGGAAAUUUCAUAUUAUUACCUUUGAAGAGUACAUUUCAAUUGCGCUGAAUGCAACCAGAGUUGUUGGUAUAUACCCUGAGAUUAAGAACCCUGUAUUCAUCAAUGAACAUGUGAAGUGGCCAAAUGGGAAGAAAUUUGAGGAUGUGUUUGUAGAGACGCUUAAGAAGUAUGGAUACAAGGGUUCAUAUAUGUCGAAUGAAUGGAAGAAGCAACCUGCGUUUAUCCAGUCUUUUGCUCCUACUUCGCUUGUGUAUGUAUCAAAUCUGACAGACUUGCCCAAAUUCUUCUUGAUUUAUGAAAUUACCGCUCUGACCCAGGACACUAACCAGUCAUACUGGGAAAUUACUUCGGAUGGAUACUUUGAUUUUAUUAAGAAUUAUGUAGUGGGCAUUGGACCCUGGAAAGAUACUGUGGUUCCUGUUGUGAGCAAUUAUCUGCAAACACCGACUGAUCUUGUUGCCCGAGCACAUGCGCACAAUUUACAGGUGCACCCGUAUACCUAUAGGAACGAGAACAGUUUUCUCCCCUACAACUUCAAUCAAGAUCCUUAUCAAGAAUAUGAGUUCUGGAUUCACAAGAUGGGAGUUGAUGGGCUCUUCACGGAUUUCACGGGGAGUCUACACAAGUACCAGGAAUGGACCUCUCCUCUCAGUUCAAAAGACGGCUCCAACGAGACUUCUCUAUUGCACAAAAUUGCUGCGAUGGUCUCUCCCUAUGAGAGGGUGUGAAAUAAUAUCAUAGGUAUUCAUCAACAUGAUGCACUAUUCUUUUUUAUUUGUUAGAUAGAUAAAUUGAGCUUCUACGUGGAAAAAAAACAUUAGCUAGUUGAUUAGUGGCGGCGGCGAGGACGACUGUAUAUGGUCAUCAUAUGCCACGAAUAAAACUUAAGCUCUCGUUCC